CUGAUCAUAGUGAAGUACAGUGGAAGGUGGAAGUCAAAGAGCUGAAGUGAGGCCUAGUCAGUAGAAAGAUGGAUUCCUCGACACACAAAUUGUAUCACAUAGAUGGAAUGCACUCCAGAAAUCACUUGGAUUCAUUUUUCUCUGGCAAGGAGGACAUGGUCUUUGGAGAUGAUUGCUUGAAAUUUCCAAUGGCGAAUCUUCACUAUUGUUUGAUCAGCGAUCACAUUAGGGGUAAUCUUUUGAUUGACGCCAGCCUUGGUUCCAUCGUCCACCAUCUCUAUUCUGUGUCCGAAUUCUUCAAAGAAAUUGCUAUAUUAAAAUUCAAUGAGCAAUGUAUCAUGGAAGUGAGCAGAUGGCUACACAACUGCACCGGAGCGUUUGAUUGGAAGCAUGCCUCAGGUUUCGUUGCCGGGUUAGAAGGAAAGAGCGACCAACAUGAGGACAUAGAAAUGCGCCUAAAGUCGUCCAUGAAGCAGGUUUUGAAAUGUAACUUUGAACAGGAAAACAUAACCUCCCCGGUGGAGUUACCGCUCGCUGACUGUGUGGUCAGUUGUUUCCUACUGGAUGCUAUAAGUAAAAAUGAAGAGGAAUAUAUGAAGAACAUGGAAAAGAUCGUAAAGCUUCUGAAACCCGGAGGCCACCUGUUACUUCUUUCAGUAAUAAAUAAAACUUACAUGACUGUUGGGGGGGAACGGUUCAAUUUUUUAAAACAUGAUGAGAGCCUUGUAAGGAACAGCUUGGAUAAGCUGGGGUUAGCCAUCGAUUACUUUUCCUGGCAGAAGAGACGCAAUGUGAGCGAUCUCACCAAUUAUAAAGCUGUUAUGUUCAUCGCAGCCCACAAGGGGGAGUAGCUGAUAGUAGUCGACAGCAUUCAUCUCAUUAUACUACAGUAUCUGCAGGUAACCAGGGCUGGUGCAAGGAUUUUUGACACCCUAGGCGAAACCUCAUUUUGCCGCCCCCCCUGGCUCCACCCCUGACUCCACCCUCUUUGCCUUGUCCAUGUUUACCCCACCUCUUUAACAAAACGCCCAUCAAUGCAGCCUCACAAGCGCCCAUCAAUGCAUCCUACCAGUCCCCAUCAAUGCAGCCUACCAGCACCCUUCAAAUGCAGUGGGCUUUUCCUGAUGUCUUCACGUCCAGAGCAGGUCUAUGGGUCGUGAUGACAUCAGGAACAGUCCACCUGACAAGACACCUAGACUGCAGGGAGGGGGGGUGCAGGAGCCAUGGGCAGUGGUGUAUUUGAUUUUGUGCUGCCCUAGGCAAGACUAUAGUUGUCCCACCCCAGCCGAUGUGUACCGUUCUUGUCUCAGGGUCUGAUGAGGAAGCUGCAGCCAGCCAUUCACAGUGAACAACUGUGGCUUUUUUUUUUAGACCCCGAGACAUGAUUCGUCCAAGUAUCAUAUAUAGAAUUACUGCCCAUGAUCUGACGUUCGCAGUGAUACCUCACAUGUGUGGGGCGACCACUGUUUGCGUGCGUGUAGGACCGGCACGGGAGGAGGGGGGCACUUUAAUUUCUUUUUUCUCUACACUGUUGCUUUCAUUUUUUUUUUUGCUGUCACAAGCAAAGUAAGCAUCCUUGUGACAGCAAUAGGUAUGUCACUGGUAUUCUUUAUGGAGAGAUCUGGGAUCUAUAAGACCCCCAAAUCCCUCUUCUGCACUUUUUCACUAUUGUCUUCCUGAUUCUCCUCCUGGCCAAUCAGGAAUCCCCAAUUGGCCUGGUCACAUUUCCUGUUCAGCCAGGAGGAGAAUGUCUCUGUGUGUGCUGCAUCAUGCACAGACACCCCACAAGGCAGACGAUGUCUUUGAAGGCUGGCCGGGAGAAGUGGUCAGAGUGACCUCCUAAGGUAGGGCAUCUGAUUGGCACAUUCACGUCUGUCUCGCGGGGGGGAGGGGGGAGUUGCUGCCAUCCAUCUCCCGUGAGACAGUCACCACUGGGUAAGUGCACACCUGUUGGGGGAAGGGUUUGAUUGCCCCCUCCACCAUAAAAUGGUGCACCAGCCGCCACUGGUCUCCUCUCUCCUAUAAUGAGCUUUGCAGCUGCAUCAGGAAAGAGUACACAGUGCUCAUGUGUGGCCCAAUAAAUGGGACAGCGCUCCCUCCUAUGCCACUUAGGGGGUGCAGGCAGGCCCGGAUUUACUCCCUUUGCCGCCCCAAGGCCGGGUCCUUCAAUGCCGCCCCCGCCUGCGCAGUACAGG